AUGUUCAGAGAUAAUGGCUUCAUCCCAGAGUCUCUGCUGGAGGAUGUAAUGAAAGCUCUUGACCUCGUCUCAGAGCCUGAAUAUGUCAGUUUGGUGAAGAAUAAACUGGAUCCAGAGAGCUUGGGCAUAAUUCUUCUGGGCCCGUUUCUGUUGGAGUUUUUCCCAGACCAGGAUUCAGGAAUCCCAGACUCGUUUCCUGUCUACCACUACAAUGGACUUAAACAGUCCAACCACAAGGAGAGGGUGGAGUAUGUGGAGGGGACAGCUCUGGUGCUAGGUUUUGAGGACCCCAUGGUUCGAACCGAUGACACUCCAGUGAAGCGCUGCCUACAGACAAAGUGGCCCUACAUUGAGCUGCUGUGGACCACCAAUCUCUCUCCGUCUCUGAACUAGUGCUAACACAGCCUGUGCAUGUGGUCAGACCACCCGCCACAACUCAACUCCCCCUUCCACGUGCACGCUGACCACAAAAGGUCAGCAGGCUGCAAAGACUGAAACACAUGCACCAGAGACGUACGAGAAAAAGGGCACAAACGCACACAGAAGACAAAACGUGUUCAUGGACUAAUCAUUCGAGCCCGAGAUCUGUUCGGUCAUUCCCACGUACACAUUUCACAUAAACUCUGCAGUGAUGCUAUCUGGUC